AUGACUACUGCAGCUAGACCCACAUUUGAUCCAGCGAGAGGAGGCCAAGGGCGCGGCGAAAAAGAUUUAAGUGCCAUAUCUCGUCAAUAUUCAAGUAGGGAUCUUCCAGGUCAUACCAAGUUAAAGUACAGGGAGCAAGGCCAGGGUACUACAGAAGAGUUGCGUUCAAGAGAUUUCAGAAAAGAGCUAGAUGAAAGAGAAAAAGAAGGUUCUAAAACUUCAAAUGCAAGGAGGCAGGCUGAGCCAACAGCAAAAAGGCCCAAGAUAGAUCAAGUACCUGCUGCCAGUUUAGAUGCUGAUGAUCCACUUGAAGGAGAUUCAUCAGAUUCAUCAGAUUCUGACGAUGAUACUGCAGCCCUAUUAGCUGAAUUGAAUAAAAUAAGAAAAGAGAGGGCAAUAGACCAGGCUAAGAAGGAAGCGGAACGAAAGCAAGAAGAAGAAAGAAUUCGAAUGGAGAAUAUUUUAUCGGGAAAUCCCUUAUUAAAUUACUCAGCAGCUGGACAGAAAAAUGAUUUAAAGGUAAAGCGGAGAUGGGACGACGACGUCGUUUUCAAGAAUUGCGCUCGUUCAGAACCUGAGAAAAAGUCAAAUACAUUCAUCAAUGAUUCUUUAAGGUCUGAAUUCCACAAGAAGUUUAUGGAAAAAUAUGUAAAGUAA